AGCAACAGGAACAGGAACAGCAUCAACAAACUAACUUGCAAAUAAAGGAGUUGCAAGCAUCAAGAGUUGUGGACGAGGAGGAGCUUGCGGAGAUGGUGGACCAACAGGAGCAGGAUGUCAUGGGAGAUAAGAGACAAGACGGCGACCACGAGGAAAUGGAUGUGGACUCUACUGCUGGACAUGAAAACGAAAGCGAGUCCGCAGGUCGUGAUCUUGAAAAAAGAAAGACCGACCGUCCGGAUAUGACGGACUUUUUUGAGAUUGCAGAAGACGCGGAAGAGGACGAGUGGCUGAUUUCCAAGGCGAGCAACGCCAAAAGCGAUGAAAGCGCGACUGAUCGACGCUCUCCUGGUCGUGCACGUAGUCGCUCUGUUUCAUCUUCUUCUAGCUGUAUUUCCUCGUGCGUGGAAGAAGUGGUAGAAGAUCCGAUGGCGCAGCCAAAGUCGCACACAGAGGAGGACUCUUCCAUGCUUACAAGUCAUAUUACCCCUGCAGCCGUUGCGAAGGCUUUGUCUAUAUUGAAAAAGGGAGCCGACUCUCCUCUUCGCGCCGUGAACAAGCCACUCGUAUCCGCGGCCUCGCAGAAGGACGAUGAAAUGCAAGACAUCAAAACAACUGCCACGCAGCAGGCGAAGAGCAGCAGCACGACAACCACUAGAAGUGCAGCAGAGGCGGCUGACGUGAAUAAACAGAGGACCACAGGAGCCAGCAAAGCGUCAGCCAGUACAACGAAAUCUUCGAAAGCGACACCCGGUGCAGCUUCCGGGAAUAAAUCGAAGGCGAAAGCCAGUGCAGCUGCAUCAAAGUCAAAGAAGUCGAAGGCUACUGCUUCCACCAAAUCCGGAACCGCUGUCGCUGGUGCAGCCGACGACACAGCGGAUGCGGAAAAGGAAGCGGAAAACAAAAAAAAGAAAAUAAAAGUAAAGAAAAAGCCUGUCGGGGAAGCAUUGAAAGCGCUUCAGGAAAAAGUUGAAAUCAGCGCGGCUGUGGAUGUGGUGGUGGAGGAAGAUGCUGAUGUUGGUGUGGUGGUUGCAGGUAAAAAUAUUACAGUAGAAGACGCAGCAGAACAAAUUGAGGAACGACCUGCUUUGCCUGUAGCUGAGGAAGACGAAGAGCAAGUACUAGAUCAUGACCGCAGCACAUCAACGCCUGUGCCGGCUGCAGCAAAGGAGAAUAAAAAUGCAAGCAAUACGACAGUGGAUGUUGACGAAAAAAGGAAAAAGAAGGCGAGCAAUCGAGACAAGGAAGCAUUGGAGAAAAAGGAAAAGAAAAGCAAAAAAUUGGCCAAGCGCGAGAAGAAGGAGCAGAAAAAACUCAAAAAGGCUCAGCAGCAGGAACAGCAGCAGCUCCAGCAGCGGAGUUUAUUGUCUGCUGCCGACGGUCGUCAUGAACAGCAACAAGGUGAGCAGGAGGGCAUUGACGCGCCGGAAGAUGAACAAGACGACAGCUCUGACGAAGACUUGUCGACCGGGACACCCGCCUGCAUCUUUGGGGAGGGGUCAAGAUUUGGCUUCCGAAAUCUCACGGAGCGGCCGCGGCAGAAGAUCAAAGCUGUUCUUGUUGAAAACCAAAUGGUCGACGACGAGGAGGAGGACGAAUCAAGUCGGAAGGACGAGCCGGAAGUAGAGUUGCAUGUAGCUGACCUUCUGCUUGAGGGGACCACAUUGGAGGAAACAAAAUCUGAUGAAGCAACUGCGAACGACGAAAAAUCAAAAUCUGAAAGAACUGCGAACGACGAAAAAGAUGUCGUUGAAAUAAACAGAAUGCCCAUCCUGGCGACGGACGAAGCCACCGGUUGUUCUCAUGGUCAAGCUUCUCCAGCAGCUGCUUUGUCCACUGGCGCAGAACCACCUACGGAGGAAGCGAAUCGCGAAGAAAACGAGCAGCAGGAGACGAAGAACGAAACUGCACCGGAUGAAACAGUCGAAGGCGAAAGCAAAACUGUCAAGGGGCAUCAAGAUAAUGAUAAUGCGACGACAUUAGAUGAUAAGGAAACGCCCGCGCGCAAGAACUACUUGCAAGUCGUGCAGCAAGAAGCUGGGCUACAACUACAUGGUUGUGAUGUUGAGCAGAUUAAGCAAGAGGUGACUGAUGUGGUUGCUCUUGAAGAAAGUUUGUCCUCCUCAGCGGCGCAAACGAAAAAGAAAGAGCACGACCACAGCAAGGUCGAUCGCCGCGACGAUGAUAUUCCUGCGCAGGGCGAGCAAGAGGACGACUUGGUGGAGCAACACAGAAAAGGUCUAGUAUCAUUUCGAGAUCAACAAGAACGUCCUGAAGCGCAAGAACCGUCUGCUCCGAGCAACAAGGACCAACCGGCCGCGGGGGUGUUUGAAGUAGAAGAUGUGGCCGCGCAAGAUGUUGAACCAUCGAGAUCAUUUGACGAACAAGAUGAAAGCGGAAACUCAUCUUGCGACAGUCACACUUCUAAAGGCUACGACAAUGAACAUGAAGCUCCCGUGAUGACGGAGGUGGAGGACGAGUCAGCUCACGAACUGGCGAUCAUGAAAAUGAAAUCUCAGCGCGAGGAGGAAAUGAAGCAACCGGACGAGGCCGAGGGCGAGGCGGGCGGGACGCAGUUAACAAGUAGAUUUGAAGAGGAUCAGGAGACCGCAGGCGCUACAAAAAUUUUUCCCGAAGAUGAUGCGGUUCCUUCUCCAGGACGAGACCAAGGCCAAGAUGCUCAGCCUCUGCCCCCGGGGCGGCGGGAGCACGUGGACCAGCACGAGGAACUACAGGAACAAAGGUCGACGUUGCACACGACACAUGAACCCGAGACGUUGGAUGAUGUCACGACUGGUGAAUCCGACAUCGAAAGACACAUCCGACUGAUUUGGGAGCAAGAGCAGGAGGAAAUCCGCGUGCAGAUGAUGGAGCAGGAAGAUGUUCUUGAAGGGGGAAGUGGACUGACCACUGAAGCGGCACGGGCACCUCCGCUAAACGAUCUUCACGUGGAAGCUGCGGUUGCAGUAGAUUGUUGUUCCCUUCUCACUGCCCCGCGGCCGCCGCCGCCCUCCACCCCGCCGCCGACCAAGCAAGAGGCAACUCAGUGGGAGAUCGUGCAGCGUGAGCAACAGCAAGCGAAGAUGGCGCAAGAGCAAGAAAUUAAGGUAAAGAAGGAGCAGCGCGAGCUAGAGCAACUCGAGUUGUUCGAGAGAAAGAAGCAGCGCGAGCGCGAGGAGCUCGAGUCCCAGAGAAUAUUAAAGCAGCAGCGCGAGGAGUUAGAGGAGCUCGAGUUUGAGACGAUGCGUGCCCUGUUUGACGACGGCCGCGUGGAGAUUUGGGACAUGCAGACCUUCUGUACCAAGGAGGAACUGGAGGCGGUUUCAAACAGCCAAGAUGAAGAGUCCCUGCAUCUUCAAAAUGGUUCACCUGUCAAGAGCGGUAACGUGCGUUGUAACGAGCAGCUGCACUCAGCUCCACGGUUCGCCGAGGAGGAGCGAGAUCUUGGGUUUGACAUGACGAGGAUUUUGACGCCAAGCCCAUCAUCUGCUUCGUGCACGCACAAAACUAGUACGACAACGCCGUCGCCUCCUUUCACGCGUGGCGAUGAAAGCGAAGCAACCACAAGCUGCUUCAAAAAUAACAGGAGGAAUACAGGAGAAAUCACCUUUUUGCAGCAGCAGAACAGGGACCACGGAGAAUUAUCAGUAGUUGGAAAUAGUAGUAUGAACAAAAAUCGCAGCGCGAGCUCUCUUAGCGCAAAGUCAGUAGAUACAGAUAGGUACGCACAGAUUUCCACCAUCAACAGAUGUCGAGUGCCGUACCGGCAGAAAGCAUGCAGUGUGAUUACUGAAAAAAAAAGUUAUUACAGUACGAGCGGCAACAAUAGCGGUGCUGCUGCUGACAGUACGAGCGGCAACAAUAGCGGUGCUGCAGAACAAGUUUCCGUCGACGCAAAGGGGGCGACUACUACACCCAAGAUGAACAAUAGUUCUAGUUGUAAGAACUUUAGUAGUACUACUAGUGCAAAUCAAAAAUCCACGGAUGCAGAAGUAGCAGUAGCUACCGGUAAAAAUAAACUUGCUAAUAAAAACACGUCGACAAAAAUAGAAGAACUAAGCCCCAGCAGAGGUCCUCGUGGAUUCUCGUCAACACCAAAACAGAGCCUCACGCGGGAAGCCUCCCGGGAGCGCGGGGCCGUCGCUGGCGUCGGAGGACCGCAGCACGAGAGCAAUCAGCUGCAGGGGUAUGAUCCCAGUGUCGCGGACCUUCAAGAACACCAUCGUGGUGGUGAAACACAUAACAUCAUCGACAUGUUGAAUAAACCGGAGUUGGAGUCGCCCUUCAAGACGCUUGGAAAGGAGUUGCAGAAACAAUCGAGUGCUGCUGGCAUCAAAUCCUCCACUGGUGCCAACACGGGGGCGGAUCAUUUUGCGCAUCAGGACUACUCGCCGUACGGCAACUUCACGCACCACCAGCGUUUUGGGAAUGUCGCAACUACCGGUGGGGGCAACAACUCGGACUACGCCUCGGAGUGCGAGCCGGAGCACGAAAUGUUCGAAACCCUAUGAGAGUGGUCGUGCACAACUACUCCCCCUCUUGCCCCUUUAAUUUGUCAUGCAAAAAUGCCAAAUCUAUGCGCCUACUUUUUGGCGUGCCUGCAUGGGAAGUUUUCGGUGCAGGAGCCCACACUGCACUACACAGCGACUGUAGAUUUGUCAGGAGGCAAAGAGCGCUGCAUUUUUAUUUAGGAGAGGUGGCGGUUAUUUCUGUUGCUAGAAAUGCACUCCAGAGACCAGAGCUGGAGGGGGUGGGGUUGUGCGCUCUCAUAAACGCCGGGACUGAUCGAGAAGAUGGAGAUGGAAAACAAGGCGGGGUCGCAACCACCGGAAGAAGCAGGAAGAUUCCACGACGACAAUGAUGAUGAUGUGCCGAUCGCCAGUCGCGCCUCUCUGCGCGAAACUGGUCCUCGUGGUGGACCACCAGACAAGGACCAGGGCCAAGAAAACCACAGCAAGCAGCUGCACGACAAGGACAAUUACAGCACUGAACAACUGCAGAUGAACAAGAAGAAAGUAGUGAUUACGGGAUCUUUGCACGAUUUAGUGGACAAGGACCAUCUCCGCGAACAAACCUUGAACAACACGGAGAUGUCUCCGAACACGGUUUCCAGCGACGACAACUUGAUCAAUUUGUCCAAGGAGCAGAAGUUGCACAAGCAACUAAACGACCCACUUACCGUGGAAAACUUACCCGAGGACCACUCCAUCCACGUCUUCGAGUCGGGGGCGGACCGGCGAAGGAGCAAGAGCGAAAAGGACAAGGAAAAACUGCAGCGGGACAGCUCGAGCACCGAGCAAGAGUUUGGAGGCGAAAGCGGUGGAAGUCUUUUUGGUAUAAAUAGCUUACUUCGCUGGUUCAGUGGCUUUUGAUGAAGUUAUUCCAUGAUCUCCUGCUUGCGGUCAGUUGCAGUGACAAAAUUCCAGGUCACAGCAUUACGAGGAUGAGUCAUGCUUUUUUAUGAAUUUCAGUAGAGAUCAUGAGCUACUUUCUCAUUCUCCUGGAAAAAAAUGAAUCGCAGGGGCUUCCACGAAGCACUGGGCGCAGUGGGCGAAAUACAAGUUGCAGCAAGCGCAGGACUUCGGCAAGCCGAUCGUUGACGGGUUUGUCGAACACGUCCAGAACAACUUCACCAAGGAGAACAUCGGUCUGUUCGCGAAAACCACCUACGAGUACAGUUCCAAGACGUUCGAUGAGGGGAAAACCUACGCCAAAAAAACGGAGUUCAAGAAGAAGGUCCGGGCGUGCUGCAACGAAGGGAAAAAGAGCUGCGAAUCGAACGCGCGGAGCUGUUACGAGGACGUUUCCAAAAUGGCCUCGAAGUGGUUCGCAUAGUAGUUGGACUGCUACUCGUAAGAUGUAGAACUGAAGAGUAGAGUGGCGAGGUUUGAUAUAUAUUAUAAAUCUCAGUAACGAAGUAAGCACGCGAACUAGUAGUGUGUGAUGAGAUCGAUUUUAUACAAUCGCUUACAGCAACGAUGCUUUCUUCCUUCUUGUUACAGCAAUUUAAAACCACUCCCGAACAGAUUGAGAAAACAGAUUCGCUUCCGUCUGGUUUUUUGAUUUCCAAGAAAGUGAUGAAUAGAACUCGUACAACUCUUUCCCGAGAUUUAUCUUUCAUAGUGAGCAGAUGGGACGCAGUGGGUGCUGCUUGUUUUUAUCGAAAGUUUGAAAGCUAAUCAUCUUUCAGCACCGUCGUGCUGCUUGUAAGGAGCGUGAAGGAUUUUUUUGAAGUUGUUUCGACAUGCUUUUCAUUGAUUUCUAGUACGUCUCCGCACUGAAUCGUAUUGUUUCGGGCUUGUUCAGUGAAACGCGGAGAUUCUAAAUGGUGCUAUUAGGAGCAACCAUCACGUACUUGUGCGAGCAGACCUGGAUUGAAUUGAAAGCGCCCGACUCUGACUAACCAGAGUGCGGGUCGAGUACUGUAACCUCUGACUCUGAGUCUGAGGGACGCUUCCUUUUCUAAUAUGCCUCGCAGGAAAAUCUCGAUUACUUGCAGAUAAUUUUCUAUCUUCUGCAGCAAGCCUUUCCUUUUGAAAGCCCCUGACAGCCUAAAACUGAAACUGUAACAACACUGAGGUGUUUUUUAUCGUUAUGGUUCUUCCUUCUUUUUGUUUACACAGCUUUAGCCGGUCAAUAUUUGUUUCCGAUGUAUUAAUGUCCCCAACAUAGCCGAGGUUUCUGUAUCUGUUUUGUCUUUCCUUGUUGUGUUUGUUCUUGUUCAUUUUCUCGUUUCAAACAAUUUUCGCACCACAGUUGCAUCGUCGUAGAAGUUCUUGUUUUUCUCGUUUAUGGUGCAGCAGUUCUUCGAGUGAAAGCAGGCUGCUGGAACUCUUUCUAUUCUUGGUUUGUUGUGUACUUGAAUCAGUUCUACUUGCGUCAGGAGAGCUUCUGCUUCUUCUGUGGCAACGCUUAGAAUGACGGUAGACAGAGCGUUGUAGAAACUACAAAGUAGAAAUCGUAAAUGCACAAAGUAUUUGCCUCUGUUAUACGUCGAGCAGAGAGGAUUUGAAUGAUGCAAACUGCACUUGCACUUCAACAAAUUUUUGUCUGGACUUCUUGCCUUACGCCUCUAAAACAAGUAGUGUCCG